AUGGUGGACAGUGUUGAUACUAUUGCCUGGCAGAACUUGUCACGGCUGCUUGCUAAUGAAUUGAUAUCGCUUCCGGGAGUGAACGAUCAAACUAGGUCUGUGAGAGAAGCAGUGAAUCACAGCAGAGAUAUGGCAUACACAGCUGAAGACAUCGUUGAUACUUAUGCCGUCAAUGUCAACAUGCAUAGAAGCAGAAACAUGUUGGUGAAGUACUUUCACAGCAGAAACCAAGUGGUGAAUAGGAAGUUGAUAGCCAUGAUGAGCGGAGUCCGUGAGCUCUAUGAAAAGACCUAUAAAAACAAUUCUAUAUAUGGCAUCCAUCAAGGUGAUUUUGAAUGUUAUACAAGAAAUAAAGAAUUUGCAAAAGACUCAUUGAUUGUAAAAAGGAGGGAUGUGGAAGAAGAGGAGGUAGUAGGCAUGGUGCGUGACUCCAAUGAGGUAAUUAGCCAACUUGAGGGAGGAGAUUUGAGUCGUGGAGUUGUUUGCAUAUUAGGCAUGGGUGGUUUGGGAAAAACCACUCUUGCUCGAAAGAUCUACAACAAUAACAAGAUCAAGAGCAUGUUCCCGUGUUGUGUGUGGGGUUUUGUGUCCAAUUAUUACAGCGCUCAAGAACUAUUAAUGAGCAUUUUGAAGCUUUUGGAUCUACCAGAAGAGGAGUACAAAUAUUUAACCAAUCCAGAGCAAAUGAAAAGAAAAGUCAGAGAAUCCAUGAGUGGAAAGAAAUACCUGGUAGUUCUGGAUGACAUCUGGUAUACUCAAGUGUGGGACGAGUUGCAUGAAGCUUUUCCUGAUGACAACAAUGGUAGUAGAAUACUGAUAACCAUACGUAUGGAGAAUAUUUCUCGCUAUACAAAUGCAACCUUUACUUACAGACUCCCAUUUCUUGAUGAAACUCAAAGUUGGGAACUGUUCUAUAACAAGGUGUUUUGCAAAGCAAGAUGUCCUCCUGAACUUGAACCUGCUGGAAAAGAAAUGGCUAAAGCCUGUAAAGGUUUGCCACUUGCCAUUGUUGUGUUUGCAGGUAUGGUUGCAAAAAAAGAAAAGUCACUCAGAGAAUGGGAUAGAAUCAAGAAUAAUGUUUCUUGGUAUCAUACUCGCGAGGACUAUCGAAUUGUGACCGAUAUUCUGAAGCUUAGCUAUGAUUCCCUUCCUCAAAUAUUGAAGCCAUGCUUUCUUUAUUUGGGAGUGUAUCCUGAAGAUUAUGAAAUACCAGCGAGAACAUUGUGCCAACUGUGGAUAGCUGAAGGUUUCAUUCAGGCAAGAGAGGCAACAGAAGCUGGACCAUCAAAUUCACAAGAAGUAGAAGAUAUUGCCGAGAUGUAUUUAGAUAAUCUUGUGGAACGGAGCCUGGUGCAAGUGGCAAGUAAGAGGAGUGAUGAGGGUGUGAAGACAUGUAGAGUCCAUGCUCUUCUUCGCGAAAUUUGCAUUUCUGAGAGCAAAGAAAACAAAUUUAUGGAAGUAUGCGAGGAGUUGGAUGCCAAUAGAUGCAAUUCCCGUAGAGUGUCUCUCCAGUAUAAAGGAGAAUGCUUGCCAACCACAGGUGACAAAUGGCUUGCACGCUCUCUACUCUUUUUCGGUGAAGAGACUCCUUGGGAACGUGAAUCACAAGGGUGGAAACAAAUAAGGAAUGGCUUCAAGUUGGGUCGUGUACUCGAUAUGAACCAAGUGUCGCUAUGUUUAUCACCUCGUGGAUUGAAGACAUUGAUCCAUCUAAGGUUUUUGAAAGUCACAGCAUCUUCUACAAGAAUUGGAAAUGAUGUUUUAGCUUCUGUAUGCAACCUUUGGAAUCUAGAAACGCUUUACUUAUGGAUUACAGAAGAUAUUACUCUACCAAGCAAAAUAUGGAAGCUCAAGUCACUCAGGCACCUGUAUUUAAACUUUGCUGAUAUCAUAUUAAGAGGAUUGAGUCAGAGAGUACCAAUGCCGGGGAUGGAAAUGGUAGAAAGGGCGAAUACAUUACAAGUAUGGUCUAGAGCAGCAUCAAUGUCAAGGAUGAAAAUCGGAGAAACAAAGGUGGAGAAUCUUCAAACACUGAAUAACAUCUAUCUUAAUGCAAGAACAGCAAGCGUCCUAAACAAGGGCAUGUUCCCCAACUUGACAAAAUUAACUUUGCGUAGAGAGCUGACAGAUCUGCCAGAGCCGCCAGAAAAAGAAUUUUUAGGUAACAGUUUGCGGUGCCUAAACAAACUCCGAACUCUAAAGCUACUUCGCAUCGCGAAGCUUCCAUUAGAUCCGAAUGCGUAUCCUACAAGUCUUACCAAGAUUACCAUAGCAUACUUUGGUCUACUGCAUGCAAGAAUGAUAAAGACCCUGGGACAGCUAGCCAACCUGCGAACCUUGAAACUCGUUGGCGGAAGCAUAAUUGGUGAUGUUGAUUGCGUAGCUGGUGACUUCCCACAGCUUCAAGUACUACAUGUGAGUGACUCUUGCAGGUGGAAAAAAGAAGAAGGAGCAAUGCCUCAGCUUCGAUAUUGCAACAACCCUCGCAUCCAUGACUAA